AUGGUUCUAAGUCAGGUUGCAGGCAUAUAUGAUCCUCUUGGACUGGUUGCUCCAUAUGUAUUGUCUGCAAAAAUUCUCAUGAGGACCAUGUGUUCCAAAGAAAAUCAAAUUGGAUGGGAUGAGCCUAUGAGUGAAGAUAUGAGGGCUAAGUGGGUUCAGUUCUUUACAGGAUUUUAUGAUUUGCAGAAUUUAACAUUCAAAAGAUGCCUUAUGCCGGAAAACACAGAAAGUGAUCCAAUGCUUGUUAUAUUUUCGGAUGGAAGUCAGCAAGCCUACGGUGCAUGUGCCUACAUCAGAUGGCAUACCGAAGAUGACAAAUACACAUCGAGCCUAGUGAUAGCAAAGAAUCAAUUGCACCAGCAAAGCAGUUGUCUACCCCUCGUCUUGAACUCUGUGGAGCAGUGCUUGCAUCUAGGCUGCGUCAAAAACUAG